AUGAUGUGUCAUUUGGGGAGUAUAGUAUCAACCCUCAUUGUUUUUCUUCAAUCGGAAGUUAUUCAAUGCAUUCCCGUAUCUCACUCACAUAAUUCCUCUCAGGAUGAUGCCACACUGAACAGUUUGACAACCGACAAAGCCGAUUCAGGAUCACGAUUAAAAUCCAUUUCACCCGUGUUGGGUAGAAUCGGUUGGUGUGUUACCAAGAAACGACAGCGAUGGAUCGAAAUCGGUCAGCUUGGAUCCCAUCAAACCGAACUGGGACUUGUCCAGUCCGGAAAGUUUCCUGUCCUCGGACCAAACGAAACAUCGGAUAUGAUCUACUGUUGUGGUCCGGUGAGGGAACAACACUGUUGUCGUCUUCAAGAUACGUAA